UGCCUCCCAUUUGGAAGGAAGAUCCUGCUCCUACGAAACAACACACAGACCAGAGCAGCAACUUUGGGUUCUUAGGAUGUAGCUAUUGCCGCUACUACGCCCGCCAAGCAGGACGCGCCGAUGAGUCCUCGCUGCGGAAAUGUGGUAGAGGCAAAUCCAAGCUUUACUGCUCACGAGAGGGCCAGAAGAAAGAUUGGGCAUCCCACCGAGAGAAUUGUUUCCCAUCCGAGGCGCAGGCCAAUUACGUCCGCAAGUAUCUCCUUCGCGUUCAAAACGACGUGCAACAGCUCCUCCAACUCCAAGUUGCCAUUGCGUCGGAGCUUCUUCUCGUCUAUAAUGCUCCUCUCGACACGCGGAAGAUAUACGUUAUUAGGUCACAAGUUAUUCUCUAUCCCGACGAAUCCGACAUGGAAGUCGUCGCCUCCCGGGACCUCUCUCUCGAACAAGUGGCCGAGAUACCUGUCCACGGUGGUUUAGGGCUCCUGAAUAUCGUUGUGGAGCCGCCCGAGCGUCAUACGCAGACACUCGACCCCCGCAUCUCCCAGCAAUGGAGCGACCAUCGCAAACGCCAGGACGAUUUGGGCUACUCUGCGUCGUGUUCCGUGUUGGUGAAGUUCUUCUAUAAGGGUGGGUUCGUAUCCGUUUCAACCGUUGGUAUCCGCCGGAAGAAUUUCGCGCGGCCGCCGAAUUGCACGUCCAACCGAGCCCAGAGAAAACGCGGAGCUUAGA